AUGGGAGAUUUAUCUACGGUUGUGUUGAAACCAAAGGAUGGUGGACCUUCCAUGUUCAGCUGUCCAAUGUUGACUGCAGUUAACUAUACGGUGUGGGCAAUAAGGAUGAAGGUGUUGCUCAAACUGCAUGAUGUGUGGGAAGCUAUUGAGGAAGAAUCUACCGAUGCUGUGAAAAAUAAUACUGCGAUUGCAGUACUCUUUCAAUCCAUUCCAGAAACCCUUAUACUGGAGGUGGGAGAACUCGAUACUGCGAAGAAGGUUUGGGAGGCAGUAAAGUCGAGGCAUAUGGGGGCAGAAAGAGUACGUGAGGCACGUCUACAAACUCUCGUGUCUGAGUUUGAUAGACUAAGAAUGAAGGAUGAUGAGAAAGUGGAUGAUUUCGUGGGGAGGAUAUCAGCAAUUUCCUCAAAAUCUACUGCACUUGGUGAGAAGAUAGAAGAGACCAGGAUGGUGAAGAAGUUCCUUUCAAGCCUUCCGAGAGGCAAGUAUAUUCACAUUGUUGCUUCCCUUGAGCAAGUACUUGAUCUAAAGACUACGAGUUUUGAAGAGAUUGUUGGACGUAUUAAAACAUUUGAAGAACGAGUUGCGCUUGAUGAUGAUGAGACACAAGAAAGUCAGAAACUUAUGUAUGCGAAUUCAGACUCUCACUCUACCUCAAACCAAGAAAUCCAAGGAACAUAUCGUGGAAGAGGACAUGGAGGAAGGUACUACAACAUGGGUAGAAGAAGAGGAAGAUAUGGCGGAAGAGGUUACGGUGAAACAGAUUUGUCGAAAAUAACAUGUUUUCGUUGCGACAAAACUGGACAUUACGCAUCUACAUGUCCUGAUCGUCUCUUAAAACUACAGGAAGCAACUGAAUCCAAAGAGAAGGAGGACGACACAACAGAGGCUGAAGAAUUGAUGGUAAAUGAGGUGGUAUAUUUGAACGAGAAGAAUGUACUACCGCAGAAAUUUGAAAGUAACUCAGAGAACGUGUGA